CCUGUAUCUCUUGUUCUUUUUCACUCUGGAGUGAGAGCAGAGGCACUCCAUCGAGGCUUCAGGGUGCCAAGGAACGCGCCAGCAUGCGCAGGCGUACUAGAGCCAAAUGACGCCCACUUUUCCCCUUUACCGUUUCCCUGUUGCGUGAAAGAAAGAGAGAAAAAGAGUCUCCUUCCCCCUCCCCUCCGUGCUCCGUCUGUCGUCUUCUACCUCGGGGCGGGCGCUGGGGUAGGGCGCACGCGCAGAAAGCGGGCAGGCGCGAGUGCGCGCCGAGUCCCCUGACAGGAGCCGCGAGUAAGAAGAUCGAGGCGGAGACCUAAAGGAAAGAGACUUUGUAAGGCGGGGCGGGCGCCGCCUUAAACCGCCAUGGGGCCCUGAGGCCAAAGGAGUUGCCGGGAGGAGAGUGAGUGACAGAAAGAGAGAGAGAGAGAGAGAGAAAGAGAGAGAGAGAGAGAGAGAGAGAGGGGCGGCAUGGAGAACCAGGGAGCCGGCGUUGGCGGAGAGGAACCGCCAGGCAAGAUGAACCCUAAGCGGGGCGGUGUCGCAGGCGGCGGCAGCGGGCGCGUCGCUGAGGAUGAGAAUAAGAAUAAGCCUAAAUUGAAUCUUCAGAUAAAAACUUUGGCAGAUGAUGUGCGUGACAGGAUAACCAGUUUUAGGAAAUCAGGUGUGAAAAAGGAAAAACUUCUAAUUCAGCACCCAAUUGACUCGCAGGCAACUAUAAAUGAAUUGCCAGUGGCUCAACCACUCUUUGAUGAACGUUCAAUGAAUUUAUCCGAAAAAGAAGUUAUGGAUCUGUUUGAAAAAAUGAUGGAAGACAUGAACCUGAAUGAAGAACGGAAAGCUCCUUUACGGAAUAAGGACUUGACCACAAAGCGUGAGAUGGUUGUCCAGUACAUUUCUGCAACUGCCAAAUCUAUUAUUGGAAAUAAAGUUCCGGGAGGCCUGAAAAAUAGUAAACAUGAGUGUACUCUGUCAUCUCAAGAAUAUGUCCAUGAACUACGGUCUGGUAUCUCAGAGGAAAAACUUCUCAACUGCUUAGAGUCCCUGAGAGUGUCUCUAACAAGCAAUCCAGUCAGCUGGGUUAACAAUUUUGGACAUGAAGGGCUUGGGCUUCUGUUGGAUGCUCUUGAAAAGCUUCUGGACAAGAGACAGCAAGAAAAUAUUGACAAGAAGAAUCAGCAUAAGCUUAUACAGUGCCUCAAAGCAUUUAUGAAUAAUAAGUAUGGAUUGGAAAGAAUCCUAGGAGAUGAACGGAGCCUUCUUUUACUUGCCAGAGCAAUUGAUCCAAAGCAACCGAAUAUGAUGACUGAAACAGUAAAAAUACUUUCUGCCAUUUGUAUUGUUGGAGAAGAAAAUGUCCUUGACAAAAUUUUAGGAGCCAUAACAAUUGCAGCUGAGAGAAAUAAUGGAGAACGGUUCUCAAACAUUGUGGAGGGGCUUGAGAAUCAUGAAUCCUUGCAAUUACAGGCAGCCUGCAUGCAGUUCAUAAAUGCCCUUGUCACUUCUCCUGAAGAUCUUGAUUUUAGGAUACACUUGAGAAACGAAUUCCUGCGCUGUGGGCUAAAGAAAAUAUUGCCAGAUCUAAAAGAGAAGGAAAAUGAAGAACUUGAUAUUCAGUUGAAAGUGUUUGAUGAAAACAAAGAAGAAGACUUCAUUGAAUUGUCUCACCGCCUCAGUGACAUCAGAGUGGAAAUGGAUGAUGUGAAUGAGGUCUACCACCUGUUGUACAACAUGUUGAGAGAAACAGCAUCUGAAAACUAUUUCCUAUCCAUUUUACAACAUUUUCUACUUAUCAGGAAUGAUUAUUAUGUCCGCCCUCAGUAUUACAAGAUAAUAGAAGAAUGUGUUUCACAGAUAGUAUUGCACUGUAGUGGUAUGGAUCCUGACUUCAAAUGUAGAGGAAGGUUGGAUGUAGAUUUCACUCACCUUGUAGAUAACUGUGUGGACAAAACAAAAGUAGAAGAAAGUGAGCAAAAAGCUGCAGAAUUUUCCAAAAAGUUUGAUGAAGAGUUCACAGCUCGACAGGAGGCACAAACGGAGCUUCAGAAAAGAGAAGAGAAAAUCAAAGAACUUGAAACUGAAAUCCAGCAGCUACGAACCCAGGCUCCUGCAUCUUCAUGUAGCUUACCUCCUCCAGGGGUGCCGCCACCACCACCACCACCUCCUCCUCUUCCAGGUGGUGCAGUCUCUGCUGCUGCUGCUGUUUCUCCUCCACCUCCACCACCAUUACCUGGUGGUAUUCCACCUCCUCCACCUCCUCCUUUGCCUGGAGGGUCUAUACCACCUCCACCUAUGUUUGGAGGUCCACCACCACCACCCCCUUUUGGUGGCUUUCCUUCUCUACAAGCUGCACCAGCACUGCCUUUUGGAAUGAAGCCCAAGAAAAAAUACAACCCUGAAGUGUCUAUGAAGAGAAUAAACUGGGCAAAGGUUGAACCACAGGAAAUAUCAGAAAAUUGUUUUUGGAUAAAAGCUAAAGAAGAAAAACUUGAAAAUCCAGAUUUGUUUGCAAAGCUGGCUCUCACUUUUGCUACACACAUGAAGGCAGUUAAAAAGGCGGUCGAGGACACCGAAGAAAAGAAGUUGGUUUUGCCUAAGAAGAGAGUUAAAGAGCUACGGAUAUUGGAUGGGAAGACUGCUCAGAAUUUGUCUAUUUUCCUGGGAUCCUUCCGCAUGUCGUAUGAGGAAAUAAAAUCUAUUAUUUUAGAAGUAGAUGAAGAAAAACUGAGUGAACCACUGAUUCAGAAUUUGGUAAAGAACCUCCCUGAACAGAAGGAGCUCAGUGCCUUAGCUGAGUUAAAGAAUGAAUACAAUGAUCUCUGCGAGCCAGAACAGUUUGGAGUUGUGAUGAGCUCAGUGAAAAUGUUACGGCCUCGCCUCAAUGGCAUCCUUUUCAAGCUUACAUUUGAAGAGCACAUAAACAAUAUCAAGCCUGGCAUCAUGGCAGUAACGAUAGCCUGUGAGGAACUGAAGAAGAGUGAAAGCUUUAGCAGGCUGUUGGAACUUGUCCUACUGAUUGGAAACUACAUGAAUUCAGGAUCAAGAAAUGCCCAAUCAUUAGGCUUUAACAUUAGCUUUCUUUGCAAGAUUAGAGAUACUAAAUCCUCUGAUCAAAAAACAACACUGUUGCAUUUUCUGGCUGAAAUUUGUGAAGAGAGUUAUCGCAACAUCAUAAAAUUCCCAGAUGAACUUGAACAUGUGGAAAGCGCAAGCAAAGUUUCAGCUCAAAGUCUUAAAAGCAACCUGGACUCCAUGGAACAUCAAAUACAACGUUUGGAAAAUGAUAUUAAGAAGUUCCCUAAAAUAGAAGAUCCACAUGAUAGAUUUGUUGAGAAGAUGAUCAGCUUUGCUAAGAGUGCUAGAGAGCAGUAUGAAAAGUUAUCUAACAUGCACAAUAACAUGACCAAGUUGUACGAGAAUUUGGGGGAAUACUUCUCUUUCAAUCCCAAAGCUGUGAGCGCUGAGGAAUUCUUUGGUGAUAUAAGUGCAUUCCGAACUCUGUUCUUGGAGGCACUAAAGGAAAAUAACAAGAGGAGAGAGAUGGAGGAGAAGACUAAGAGAGCCAUACUGGCAAAGGAGAAAGCAGAACGUGAGAAACUGGAGCGGAAGCAGAAGAAGCAGCAACUGAUUGACAUGAAUAAAGAGGGCAACGAGACAGGAGUGAUGGAUAAUCUACUUGAGGCACUGCAAUCUGGGGCAGCAUUCAGGGAUCGCAGGAAACGAAUGCCAAGAACUCAGGACAACAGACGAGUAAAUUUGGAAAGGUCACGUUCCCGCCACAAUGGAAGUAUCACAGCAGUAUGAACCCCUCCCAAUGCCAAAGAACUGGAAAAGUGUUUUAUUUACUUUAAAUGGAGAUGUGGUGAAAAAGAGCUAAAUGUGGGAAGAACAACAUUGAAGAGAAAUGAACUUUAAAUGAAUUCCAGAGAAUAACAACCAGAAGAAUAAAUACAUAUUUUUACAAAAGCUAUUGUGCAAAAAGAAAAAUAAUCAACUUAUUACUAAUGCAAUUCUCAAGAACUGUAAGCCGUGCUAAAACAUAAGGUUCUGUCUCUUCUUCUUUAGUAUUACUUGGAGGUGUUAAGCUGGCAACUAGAGCCAGAGUCUACUGUGUUUUUAUGCAGUUCCCAUUAAUUUCAGGGAGGGUGCACAGUAGAUUGUGCCCAAGUGGGGGGAAUGGUGUCUAUGAAUGAAGAUGGAUAAUAUAUACAUUUGCUUUUAAAAUGAGCAGCAUCAAAAGAUCAGGUCAAUGAAAAAGGAGAGGAGACCAUUUGUAGUUGUUAUUUUGACAUGAAAGGAAAAAGUUAAAUUUGCAUAUUAAUGAAUUCAUAUAUCAGUUGAUGUGGCAUACAUCAUAAGAGACCCUUUUUUGUAAGCCUGAGAAAGCACUGUAUAGCCCCCAUCAAUUUCUUUAGAAUCUUAUCUCUCAAGUUUUAAGCAUGAUGGAUUCAGCUAUUUUGGUUGCAGUUAAACUUUAUCACAAAUCUACAGCCUCAGUGUUAGAAAGAUAUAUAGCUUAUCACUAGUUAAAAAAAGUUUUAAAGAAUGAGAACAUAGGAUUGUACCAAAGUUAAACAAUAUCAUUUGCAGAACUUGUUUUUAACUAUAUUUAAAGAUGUAUUUUCUAAUUAUGCAUUAUAUAAACUGUAUACAGAUAUUUUCAGGAAAAUUUCUUAUCUAUUUUGAUGGUUCUAAAAUUCCUUUGCCUUUGUUUAAGUUUUCAGAGACAUAAUCUACGAAUAUGAAGAAAAUUAGAAUUAGAUUCUCAAAAUACAUAAAAGUCCAUGGUCGAGAUGAGAUGACCCAGUCAGUGAGCUAAAAUAGUAGGAGGGGGAAGAGGGAGACACAAUCUCCUUUGGGGCAUUUUGACCCAUAUCACUUACUUAUUAGCCCAAAAGCCUUCAGCUGAGUAUGCUACAUAUUUACUAAUGCACUUGGGUGCUUCUUGGGAUCAAACACCCUUUCUUUACUGCCAGCAGUUCGAGAGAGACACUUUGAUGUGCAAAAUACCUUACAAAAAUUCAUCCCACCAGUGAGUUUAUAGGAGCCAUGUUAGUGAGGCACUAAGUAGCUGGUGGAGACUGUUGAAUGCUCUGCACCAAAAGAUUCUAUAGGAGGGAGGCAUGUCAGGAAGAAAGUCAGCCUGGACUAUGAUAUGCAGCAAGGGUCAUAAUCCUCAUGGCAGCCUUUUUUAAGAAAAGUUGUUUUCAUUGUCAUUUUCAAUUAAUAGUAUUUCUGUGUCUCUCAAUGAAAUCAUAUCACAGGCAACCCACAUUUUCCCAGCCUGAGAGAGAGAGUAUUAUUAAUUACAUUGUAUCCCAUUCUUACUCCAAGGGGUGAAGGACAGUACUCAAUGGGACAGCCCCAUGUGGUAGGGUCAACAGAAAGGGUGCCUUGCUCAGAAUUGCCCAGUGAACUUUGAAGCCAAACAAGGAUCUCAGACUAGAUCUUCCUCAUCUGACAUUCUUGCAAUGAUACAUUCUUUCUAAUUCAAUGUCUUUUUUAUUUGUGAGGUUGUCUAAAUUCAGUGUUAUAUAUAGAAGGGAUGUAAUCUUCUGCAUUUAUUCUAUUUAAAAUGUCCCAGCCACAGUAUUCCUACUGUGUUUUCAGUAAGCAGUGGUGUAUACUGCUUUUUUUAAAAAGGAGUUAUCUACAAAUUAUUGUAUUUAACCAGAGAGUAGCUUGUAUUAUAAUGGAAUUAUCAAUCCCUUUCUGUUCAUGCUGUGUUCUAUUUUCUGUGCACUACCUGUGGGUCCAAAAGAAUAGAACCAACCUGAUUAGAUAGGCAGCAGCAGCAUUUGAGUUCAGAGUCUACAUCCUGCAGCUAUUUAAGGCCCAUAUUUCUGAGUCUUGGCUAUUUACAAGUUUGAAUUCAUGUAAAGAAAAGGCCUUGUAGAAAAGUUGGGAAAAAACCACAUUGAUUUCAAAGAGCAAGGUUUAAGACUUGUUUCAUUUGUUUAGUAUAGGAAUAUGAUGCCAAUCCACCAAGCUAUAUGCUUGACAUAUUACUACAGAUCAAGGAUGGAGAAUCUGUGGUCCUCCAGAGGUUGCUGGACUGCAACUCCCAUAAUCCCUGACCAUUGCCCAUGCUGGCUGGGACUGAUGGAAGUCCCAACAACAUCUGGAGAGCCACAGGUUCCCUAUCCCUGCUAGAGAUCUUUCUAACAAACAGAUGGUUUUACUAGAAGAACAAACAUUUUGCUGUUACCUUCCACUCUAAAAAUUUAUUAGUAGGCAUAAGGUGAAAAGUAGCUUUUUAAAUUACCAGUCUACUCUACAUUUUCUGCCUCACAUAAUUAGUCAAAAUGUGAUUAAUACAUAAAGCUGAAAUGGUAAGCCAUUUGGAUGGGCAAAGUGUAUAUUUUCUAAUGUAUAGUAUUUUGCAACAAUGUAUUGAAACUGAGAGAUGUCAUAAGUAAUUUGCUAGAAUUUAAAAGCCACAAUUUUAAGUGAUUAUUAGAGCAUCCGGGAAUUUAACUUUCUUAGCAUAUUACAGUAAUUUUUUUUACAGCAACAUUCAUUAUUAUGACUGUAGCAGUUUUCAUUUUCGACAUUAUGCUUUUGAGCAGCCUAGUAAUUGGCAACUGGAGAUUUUAAAGAACCAAAUUCUGACAAAGAGCAAGUUCAAAAAUAUGUUCUGAUGCUUCGGUUUUACCAGCCCAAUCAUUUUUUUCCACAUUUGGAACAUUUUAUGUAAUUUAAUGGACAUGUAUCUUUUUUUAAAAAAAAUGGGUAUGUUGUAAAUACAGGAUCGUUGUAUUGAAAAGGUCAAAAUAAUAUUUUCUGAAUUUUAUGUUUGGUCACUGAGUCUUUUGAUAGCUUUUUCUUCUGUUUGAAAAUGCAGAUUUAAAAACAAAAAAACUUGCUUUUGGGAUUGGCAUGAUUCCCACUCUUGUUACAUGUUUACCUGGUGACCUAUUAAAAGCAUAGUCUGGAGGUCAUAGCACCUUUUUCUGAAAAGCAUUUGCCUUAUUUUCUAAUAUUAAGGGGAGAAAUUACUGAAGAAAUAUAUAUCCAAAUAUAUAUUCAUAGGAAGCCUUCUACCAACCCCCCCCCCUUGUAAGCACAGGGAGUUGGGGCUUGGUGGAUAGGCCUCAUGUUAUUCAUGGAAAGUAAAUCACUGGAGCUUUUUUGCAACCACUGAAAUACAACUUAGAAAUUUAGCGCUCAUAUAUUUUAACAGGAAAUGUAGUUCAAAUGUAGCUGAAUAUUAGCAUCUAUUAAUACAUACAAUUUAAAAACUAAAUGAAUUGGAUUGGUUCCUAAUUUGCCCUUCUGUGAAUGGAAAGGCAUCUUCAGUUUGCGGAUGGAACCAGGAUCCAGCAGAGGAUUCUCACUGGGAAGGGAGCGGGCAACAGUUUUUGGCGAUUCCCUCUGCAGCCCCAUGCGACACCUCCCAUGCUAUUCUGGUGGGUCCUCCAAUCCUCGGAAGCAGCUUCAAAGGAAGAUGCAGAGGAAGCAAGGAAUCUGCUAACACUGCUGUUUUGCAACCUUAGCCCAGCACAAGUGGAACUCUGCUGAUCACAACUCUGGAUCCAACCCGGUGUUCUGAGUGCUUUGCUGUUUACAUUUCUCAAAAAGCAAAAGGAUGUACAGUUCCUCCUGUCAUCAUUGAACUGUCUUUUCCAUACUGAGGAGUGUCAUCUUAAAUAUUUACAUCCUUUAAUCAGUGUACCAGGUUGGAACAAACCCUUGCCAAAAAUAAAAGCCCUUUUAGGCAAAGCUACUUAUUUGAAAAUAAAACCACUAUGAAGAAUUUCUAAAAAAGACACAUUAAACUGCAUGUUCUCAAACCUGUGUGUGUGUGUGUGUUUAGUUUUUGUUUUUUAAUGUAAGCCAUGGUGAGUGACGCUUUCUUGUUCUACUGACCACUAUUUACCAACUUAUGACAAAUAUGCAUAAAUGUUACAUAAUUAAAUGUUUAGCCUUUACAUGUGCAUAUAUGUGUAUGUACUACCUCAGAACGCAGUGUAGAUACAGAUUCCUUCCUCCUCCCACCACAAAAUCUAGCUCUGUGAAAACAUAGGCCACACUAGACUAGAUAUUGGCAUUCUGUGAUUUGUCCAUUAGUUAACGUAUGGGUACACACGUUUGUCCUAAUGGGAUAAAGAGCAGCUCAGGGACUGUGGUCCUGAUCCAUUUUGGGUUCUCAUCCAUGGCUGUUUUUAAGAGAUAGGAGAUUCAAUCAUGACUCUCCAAUGUAUCAGGUGCUUAAAUUUGAUUUGAGUUUGAUCAUUGGUUCCCAAGAAUCUGAGCUUUAGUAGAAAUGUGUAGGUGCCCUUUUGAAGAACAAAUAAGGUAAUUGCAGGUAAUAACACACUAUUAAGCAGUUAUGGCUGGAGCGCAUUGGGACUGGCGUAGAAGGCAAAAAAGCAACAGGUGGAGGUAGAGCCACUGGCAGGCAGAGUCAAAUUAAUUCUAGUUUUGUCCCCAUCUUUCCUGCAAAGUUCUACAAGGGCAACACUGAGACUAAGAAGAAGAAAACCUACAGGUAGUGCAACCUCCUGAACAUGUUGCAAGUAGGAAAUUGUUUAGGUGGGGGCUGGCUGACAGCAGACUGAGGUUGGUGGGGCACUGCCCCAUUUGCCCUAAUGGACCAGUUAGCUUACCUUCUGUUAAGGUAAAGCUCAUUCUCGAGUCAAUUAUCCCACCAUUCUCGCAUUGGGCAGCUCUUGCCUCUCUUCUAUUCCAUGCUUGAUGCUAUGAGAAGGAACAGAUAGGGCAGAAGGGUAAAACCAUAACUAACUUUAGGGUGAGACAUGCAGGAAGGCCCAUAGUCUUCUAGGCUCAUGUGAACAUGUUCAGAUUAAACCUGUGGCAGACCAUAUUAAUACCUUUGCCCUAAUAAAGUGCUGUUAAAAGUGUUAGCAUGGUCUUGCAGAUUAGUGAAAAAAACAUACCAAUCAACCCAUUUGCAUGUAUUCAUAGCCAUAGCUGUUACAGCUUGGCUGUUAGAACUCAAUAGGUUUGUUUCCCUAACUCUAAAGGCCUUGUUUCAGUUCUCCUAGUUAAAAAAUAGGGGGGGGGAUUUGGUGAUCAUGUAAUAGUAUGCAUGUAAAAGUUCUAAUGGGUGCAGUGAGGGAUUUUUUUUACAAACUUGUACUUUAAAUAAAAUGUUAUAUUAAUAUCCACAUAAUUCUGGCGAGUUGAAAUCAAUAACAGCAGAAAUGCUAUCCCUUUGUGGCAUUCAUUAGAGAGAGAGAAAAGGUACCCACGACACUGAUUUCCAUGCCUUAAGCAAGAACCUGCCUAAUUUGUAGUUUGAUCCAAGCACCUUUGUGUAGCUGAAAUGUAUAGUAUGUCAACACUUGUCAAGAAUUAGCUAUUUAACAAAAGAAACUGUCCUUACUUUCUUUAAAAAAAGAAAAAGUAUAUAGAUUCAAAUAAAUAUAUAGCAUGAAAUAGUCACUCUUAUAACAUACUACUGGCACUUGUAAAAGUAAAAACAAAACUUUACAACUGUAUCUCCCACUCUUAUCCUCCUUUCCCUUGUAGCGCUGGUACCUAGACACGUAGCAGCAUAUAGAGAAAAUCACUAUCUUAUUCCAGAUUUUUCUGUACAUACACUAACUACUACUACCAUUUAUAAUAGCACUUCAUGGCAUGAAUGCCUCAGUGAUUGUACGGAAGUGUGCUGAGACAUGUGGUCUUGGAAAUGUGUACUUUAUAUAGUAUAUAUGCAUCAGUUGUUUAUACAGACAGGUGUUAAUCACACUACUGCUGUGUGUUCUACUGCUUUCAAAUGUGCCCAUAAAGACUAUGGCCACUUCCGCACCAUACUUUUAAAGCACUAUUAUACCACUCUAACAAUAAUGGCUUCCCUCCAAGAAUCCUGGGAUCUUUAGCUUGUCAAGUGGGCUGAAAGUAGUUAGAAGACCCCUAUUCCCCUGAUACAGCUUCAGUUCCCAGAGUUUCCCGGGAACAGGGAUUGGUUGUUAAACAAUUCUGAGAACUGUAGCUCUGUGAGGGGAAUAGGGAUCUCCUAACAACUUUCAGCACCAUUCACAAACUAAAUUCCCAGGAUUCUUUGGGGAAAGCCAUGAUUGUUAAAGCAGUGUAAUAGUGCUUUAAUGUGUGGUGCGGGUGUGGCGUAUGACGCUAUAAGAGUGUACUAUCAGAAGCAUUUACAAGAUGUUCCCCAGGUCUGUUUCCUGUUGUUCCCAGAAGUUGUGGACUUAACCUCACUUUCAAGCAAGAAAGCAUAGUGGGUUAUCCACCACUGUAGAAGGCAAAGGCAAAAUGUGCUGGGGAGCUCCAUGUAACUCUCCUCCCUUUCUUGUCUCAUUUUGAAGAGGGCUGCUUAAACAUUGCAUGGAUGUCUGAAAGCAUUGAUAGUCUUCUGAGAUACCUGAUGUUCUCCAGGUCUAAAUAAACACUCUAUAUAAGGAAAGAAAAUUUCCACUACUGCUUUUUCAAAGAUACCAUAAAAUACAAUUCUCUCUGACCUGAUUGUCUUAAUUCCAGCUCCAGCCACCUAUCAGAUAUAUAAGUUGCAAUUGAAUGCAAAAUUGUCUUGGAUCCCCCUUAUUUCAAUGCAGGUUAGCAACAUAAUUCUGAGUUGUAUGAUAGCAUUAAAUAUGUUAGAUAUCAAAAGUACAUUGCAAUUGUUAUGCACCAAAAUGUUUUAAUUUUUUUCUGUAUGAUACCAACAUUCCCUACUUGCAAAUUAAAACUUUGUGUGUGUGUGUGAUUUCAGAAUUUGGUCAUCAAGUGACCCUUUUGUUGUUUUUAAACUGUUUUUGCUUUGAACUUUUUUGUGUAGCUGUUUAAUACCUCUGGAAGAAACAUCACUUUGAAGUACCUCUGUGCUAUGAAGUUCUUUGGGUUUUUAUGGAGGGUGGGGUGGGUUUUUGCUUUUUACUCUGAAGUAUCAAAUUUAUUUGUUUGAAAUGGGCAGGGGGAAUGCCUUCUGUAAUGGCUAAUUUUUUUAAAAAAUAAUCAGAUUAUAUUCUUUUUAAACUGUCAAGCCUGGUGGUACAAGUUUAAAAUGUAACAAUAUAA